GAUAAUCAUUAUGAACCGUCAGAUAUAAUUCGAUACACGAUCCUCAACCCCAUAACCCUUAUAUAUAAAAUCUUAACCUGCAAUUUCUUUGGAACUCUUUCAUUCACAGAAGCAAAACCAACAGAGAGAGAAGAAGAAGAAGAAAGAAGAAAAAGAAAUUUCUUUUGUAAGAGAUGGCUCGUACCAAGCAAACUGCUCGCAAGUCUACCGGAGGAAAGGCUCCCAGGAAGCAACUUGCCACAAAGGCUGCGCGUAAGUCUGCCCCUACUACUGGUGGUGUGAAGAAGCCACACAGAUAUCGUCCUGGUACUGUUGCUCUUCGUGAAAUCCGUAAGUAUCAAAAGAGUACUGAGCUCUUGAUCAGGAAGCUUCCAUUCCAGAGGCUGGUUCGUGAAAUUGCCCAGGACUUCAAGACUGAUUUGCGUUUCCAGAGUCAUGCUGUGCUUGCUCUACAAGAGGCUGCUGAGGCCUACUUGGUGGGUCUCUUCGAGGACACUAAUCUGUGUGCCAUUCAUGCCAAGCGUGUGACAAUCAUGCCCAAGGACAUUCAGCUUGCCAGGCGAAUCAGGGGCGAGCGCGCUUAGUUUAACUACUGAAGUAGUAGCUUUGUUGGUUCGUAUUUUUACUUUUCUCGUGUGUUAGUUGAAGACAAUUAAGGAAUUAGUAGUAGAGCAAUGUGCUUCUAAGUUUGUUUUGGUAGCUGUGGUCGUGUGCUGUAAGUUGUUCUGUUUUAUGUAGGGGAAAACAUGGUGAAUUUUGUUUGAAUCUCUAUAAUGUUUUGUUGUCA